GCUUCAGUCACGCUUUAUCAGCCGAGUCGUAACACGGAGAAGAGCGAAGGCGCGCGCGGCUUCGAACAGCGAAUCGGUGGCUCGUCCGUGCAACCUAGAUCUCAUCGUGUUCCGUCCUCGUCCUCGCGCGUUCGUUCGCCCGACAGAGGUGAAACCCGGCCAGAACCGAACGACUCGCGGCGGCGAGCAAACGCGCAAAGCCUCCGUCGUUCGACUCCGCGUCCGACUCCGCGUCCGACUCCGCUCGUUUUAUUGAUCGUCUCCCCUCGAGAGAGAAAGCCUUCCGCCGAAAACGCCGCGGCUACUACGUUCAAGGAUCGUUCCGGCUGCGAGAACUCCGCGAAAAUGGUGAACGACAUCUACUAUCCGAACACCGAGCUCUCGAAGAACUCCCACUGCGACAGCUUCAAUCGUUACAAGAAGAUGCACGAGAAAUCCAUAAAGGAUCCGGCGCAGUUCUGGGGCGAGAUAGCGAAACAAUUUUAUUGGGAGACGCCGGCGAUCGACGAGAAGUUCUUCUCGUACAACUUCCACCUGAGCAAGGGUGAGAUCUUCGUGAAAUGGAUGGAGGGCGCCUCGACGAAUAUCAGUUUCAAUCUGCUCGACAAGAACGUGAAGACCGGGAACGGCGACAAGAUCGCGUUCUACUGGGAGGGCAACGAUCCCGACGAUUAUUCGCGGCUGACGUACAAGAAAUUGCUAGAGGAGGUAUGCAGAUUCGCGAACGUGCUGAAAUCGAAGGGGGUGACGAAGGGUGACCGCGUCGCCAUUUACAUGCCGAUGAUCUUGGAGCUGCCAGUCGCCAUGCUGGCUUGCACCAGGAUCGGCGCCGUCCACAGCGUAGUGUUCGCAGGCUAUUCGUCGGACUCUCUAGCGGAACGUAUUCUGGACUCGAAGGCAAAAGUUCUGGUGACGACCGACGGCGUGUGGAGAGGGGAGAAGCUUCUCCUAUUGAAGGCGAUCUGCGAUGAUGCUUUGAACAAGGUCAAGAAGAAUGACCACGUGGUCGAGUGUUGCGUCGUGGUCUCUCACCUGAGGAGGGUCAGUAGUCCGCAGGGGAGCAAAACUGACACGGCUGGAAAGACAAACGGCGUGAACGGCACAAGCGACGGAAAUGGCGUGGCUACACCACAGAUUCCAUGGGACGACGACCGAGACGUAUGGUGGCACGAAGAAAUGGAGGAAGCCGAGGAUAAAUGUUAUCCCGUAUGGAUGGGCGCGGAGGAUCCACUUUUUAUCUUGUACACAAGCGGCUCCACGGGAAAACCGAAGGGCGUGCUUCACACCACGGCUGGUUACUUAAUUUAUGCUGCGACCACAUUCAAAUACGUCUUCGAUUAUCAUCCAACCGACGUUUACUGGUGCACUGCUGACGUCGGUUGGAUCACCGGCCACACUUACGUCGUCUACGGUCCCCUGGCGAACGUGGCCACUUCCGUUAUCUUCGAAGGAACACCGUUUUAUCCGGACAACGAUCGUUAUUGGUCAGUCAUCGACAAAUACAAGGUCACGCAAUUCUACACUGCGCCGACUGCGAUCAGGUCGCUAAUGAAGUUCGGGGACGAGCUGGUAAAGAAGCAUAAUUUAUCCUCCUUAAAGGUGCUGGGCUCUGUUGGAGAGCCAAUUAACCCCGAAGCUUGGCUCUGGUUCUACAAUCUCGUUGGUCACGGAAAGUGUAGCAUAGCGGACACGUUCUGGCAAACGGAGACCGGAGGUCACGUGAUCACUCCUUUGCCCGGUGCUACGCCCAUGAAACCAGGAUCUGCAACGUUCCCCUUCUUCGGAGUGUUGCCGGAACUUUUGGACGAGGACGGUCGAUUGAUCGAAGGUGAAGGAGAGGGAUACCUCGUCUUCCGUCAGCCGUGGCCAGGAAUGAUGAGAUCCCUUUACGGAAAUCACCAACGCUUCCAGAAUACGUACUUCGACCGAUUCCACGGCUAUUACUGCACCGGCGACGGCGCCCGACGAGACGCGGACGGCUAUCUGUGGAUAACCGGCCGUAUCGACGACAUGCUGAACGUUUCCGGCCAUCUAAUGUCCACUGCGGAAGUCGAAAGUGUGUUAACCGAGCACUCGGCGGUAGCCGAAGCGGCAGUGGUCAGUAAACCUCACCCCGUGAAAGGACAAUGCCUUUAUUGUUUCAUAACGCCCAACAAGGGUGACACGUUCGACAAAAAACUCCAGGACGAGCUCAAGAAGAAAGUGCGCGAGAAGAUCGGCGCGUUCGCCCAACCGGACGUCAUCCAACACGCGCCAGGACUGCCGAAGACCCGGUCCGGCAAGAUCAUGAGACGGGUCCUGAGGAAGAUCGCCGCGGGCGACAGAAACGUCGGCGACAUCUCGACGUUGGCCGACGAGAGCGUCGUCGAGCUGCUUUUCCAGCUGAGGCCGUAGGCGUGAAGGCUGUAAAACCGUCGACGCGUAGCCGUGAUCGGAGGAAACUUCGUGAAACGUAGUAAUUUAGGCUAAAACAGACAAACAAACGAACAAAGGAAAAGAAAAGAAAAGAAACAAAAAAGCCGACACGCUUCCGGUGAGGGUUCUGCUUCGAGUUGCAAAUCCACGACGAGCGAACGACUUGUCAAAACUGUGAGCAGCUUGGCGGGAUGGUUGCGAUUCGACCGCGAAGAAGCUGCGUCACAGAAAACGGAACAUCUUUCCACGUUUAGCAUCGUUUCCUCUCUGUUGAGUAGCCUAUAGUACUUACGGUACUAUUUAUCGAUUAAUUUGUAAGCUAGUAUUCCGCGGUAAUACAGUAAUGUCUCUCUAAUUGACGGUCAGAUUGU